GCCGGCUUCAACCGCUUGUCAAGUCAAUACGGUGCAACUGCCGGGUUGAUGGUUCAGCUGUUUUAGUAUUGAGAGAGAAUUUUUGACGUAUAGUGGCGUAUCUAAAACGCUCGUGUGUUUAUCUCUGUGUGAGGAUGAAACGCUUGAAAUUAUAGAUCUUAUUACAUGUAAUUCAGCGUCUGAUUUCACAUAAUGUUGAAAGUGUUUAAUUUCACAGUAGCAGCUUACGACGAGUCUUCUGUUUUCUUAUGACCGGGAACUGAAAGUGUGCAGAAAUGAAAUCUGCCCUAAUUCUAUAUUUUGUGUUGCAACUUCGAACGAAGAGGAGUGGUGGUUAUUGGGGGUCGUGCUGCAGUAUAUAAGCUGCGAUCGGCGCAAGAGCCCCACCAGUUACACUAAGUUGCCGGUGCGUGAAGGGACAGCUCGAGAUGUCCUUCGAACAAAAUUCCCUGGUAAUCCCCAUCACGAUUGACGAGGAUCAUCUCAUCGAUGGAGCAUUCUCCGUGCUGCAACAUAUUCGUUCAUCAUGGAGCAGAGACAAAAUAAAGUUCAAGGUGUUUACUGAUGGUAUUACCAACAAACUGGUGGGGUGCUUCUAUAGUGACUGUCCUGACGAUGUAGUUCUUGUAAGAGUAUAUGGCCAGAAGACAGAUCUCCUAAUAGACAGACAUGCAGAAACACGGAAUAUUCAGCUACUUCAUGCUGCAGGCUAUGCCCCACAAUUGUAUGCCACAUUUGAUAAUGGUCUGGCAUAUGAGUAUGUGUCGGGGGAUGUCCUUACAGUGGACACUUGUCAUCAUAUAUCUGUUUUUCCCUUGGUGGCACGUAUGAUGGCAAACAUGCAUCGUCUUGAUUGUGGUCCAGGAGUACCUAGGCGCCCUGCCUUAUGGUCUAAGGUGCGGCAGUUCAUGGACAUCAUGCCAACAAAGUUUGAAGAUCCUGCAAAGCAAACUAGAUUUGAAGAGCUCAUUCCUCCAAAGAAGAAAUUGGAAGAAGAAUUUGAAAAUUUGAAGUUACAGUUGAUACGUCUGAACAGUCCAAUUGUGUUUUGUCACAAUGAUUUAUUGCUUGGAAAUGUCAUCUAUAAUGCUGAAAAGAACUCUGUUACCUUCAUAGAUUAUGAGUAUUCCAGCUACAACUAUCAAGCCUUCGAUAUUGGAAACCAUUUUGCAGAAUUUGCGGGAGUGUCAGAUGUGGACUUUGGCCGAUAUCCAAGUGAGGACUUCCAGCGUCAGUGGAUUAGUGUGUAUCUGGAAGCAUUUGAAGAUCGUGAGCCUACAAAUGAUGAAGUUGAGCAGCUCCUUGUUCAUGUCAAUAAAUUUGCUCUUGCAGCACAUUUCUUAUGGGCUGUCUGGUCCCUUAUACAGGCUGAGCAUUCCUCUAUUGAUUUUGACUUUCUUGGAUACUCCUCAAUAAAGUUGAAAGAAUAUUUUGGCAAGAAAGAAAAGUUCCUGAACAUGGAGUUUCCUAAUUCAUGAUGAUAACUGUGAAUUACUUGCACAGGUGUGCAGCUAUGGUUGUUUCACUUAUAGAAGUCAGAAGACACACAAAAAAAAACUUGAAACACUGGGGGCAAUAUUUUUUUAAUACUUCAUCUUAACAUGUGAUAACUGGUGUGAUGAUGAAUAAAGGACGUUAUAUUGAGAGCAUUCGUUCUCUCUCUCUCUCUCUCUCUCUCUCUCUCUCUCUCUCUCUCUCUCUCACUCACACACACACACACACACACACACACACACACACACACUGUGAAAUGUAAGUAAAGCCUGUUAUCAAUGCUAGGUGUCUGUGCAUGUGUGCAAAGAUAUUAGAGAGAGAGAGAGAGAGAGAGAGAGAGAGAGAGGGGGGGGGGGGGGGGCGAAUGAGAGGACUAUAUAAGAUUCCCCCAUGUGGUGAUGUUACAUAACAAAGAAAAGAGCUGCAAUUAAGGAGUGAAAAGAAAGUAACAUUAUUAUCUUCACACUGCCUGUCUGUUAUUUUGUUGUCCUGAGUAUGAUAAUGGGAUUGUGAUAUAUCUGAGUAUUGUAUGAGAAACUGUAAUAAUAAAUCUGAUUCAGCUGUUAUUUUGUGUGUCGUACUUCCCACAUUCAGAAUUAAGUUAAAAAUUAGUUGUAAUUGUGUGCACAGGGUAAUGAGGCCUUAGCAAAAUAAAAUAUAAAAUAUGUGAAAAGAAUUAUAUGUAGUUGCAUGUUUGGCAAAUAAAACAAUGUUCCUUUCAAAUUGUCUUGCUACUAACUCUACCUGCAAGAUGAGUUUCUGCUAUCACUCACUCCGUACUUGAUGGGUGAGGACCUCAAGUUUUAUUUAUUGCAUCUAUUAUACCUGGCCUAAGAUUACAACAUCUAAAAACUGUUUGUUCCUGUAUCACUCUGUUUGAUCAGGAUGAAAUGGAAGUGCUACUCUAAUAUUUAUUUCCUCGCUGUUGUACCUUUCCAUAUUUCCUCUGGAGCAGUGGGUACAUAGUAUAUCAUUUGUUUUGGCAAAUAUGUUAUAAGAAGAUGCAAGUUGCAACUACCCUUGCAAAUUAUUUUCCAUGUUUAAUUGUAGAUAUACGUAUACGUGUUAUUUUAUCCGUGUUGGAUCUUAUUGAACUUGAUGACUGUAAGAAUUGUUGGUGCUGAAUGCUACCACCAAAUUGUUACAACUGGAAGAAUGCAAGAAUUCAGAAGUAAACAGGAAUGUACCAGUGGUAGAGAAUUAGAAAUCACAAGCUGUGUCCAGUGGAAAGGAGCAUUUACCAACUGUCCUAUUAGGACCUAAGAAAUGAAUGUUCAGAAUGGCCAAGAAAAAAGUUUUGUUUAAUGUACGAACUUUAUUUAUAGAAUAACUUUCAAGGAAAAAUAAAAACUUUUAGUUUUCUA